UUAUAAAUGGGGAAUUGAAAGAGUUAUUGCUGCACUGAUUCUGAAGAGAACAAGACUGAGAUGAAAAUGGAUUCUCAUCAGCCAGUUCCUGGCCAGAAUAGCAGAAGAGAUUAUAAAAAUAGAAGAAGACAGCAAACGACUACAAGGAAAGUAUAUUCUGAAGAAGAGAUGACAGAUAAAUUACUGAAAGAUAAUAUUAGAUCUAUAAUCAAACUUCAGGCUAUAUGGAGAGGAAAUAUUGCUAGAAAGCAGUUCAAGAUCAUGAAAACCCAGAUAAGAGAUGGUAGCAGAUACUUCAAAAUGGAUGAGAGCAGAGAAACACUUUCUAAGGUAAAAUUUGAUCCAAGUCAGCCAAGAGAGAAAAGAGAUAAACACCAUUACAAAACGGGUGCUACAUAUGAAGGAGAAUGGAGAGGUGGUUUCAGGGAUGGAUUUGGUAUCCAAACCUGGCCUGAUGGUGCUAGCUACGAAGGAGACUGGCUUUAUAACAGAGCUCAUGGAAAAGGAAAGUUUAUCCAUGUAGAUGGAGAUGUUUAUGAAGGAGAUUGGGCUAACGACAAAGCUAAUGGAAGAGGUAUUUACAGACACCAAAAUGGUGCUACUUACGAUGGAGACUGGAAAGAAGAUCUCCAACAUGGAAAAGGUGUUGAAAAAUGGAAUGACGGAAGUAUCUAUGAUGGGGAAUACUUCAAUGGCAAAAAGCAUGGCUUUGGUAUUUAUAUUUGGAAUGAUCAAAGUAAAUUUAUUGGACAAUGGGUUGAAAAUAAAAUCUCAGGAAUUGGAAUUUAUUCAUGGCUAGAUGGUAGAAUGUACAAAGGAGAAUGGAAAGACAAUAAUAUGGAAGGAUAUGGAGAAUAUGUAUGGAAAGAUGGCAGAAAGUAUGAAGGACAAUACAAAGAAGAUAAAUAAGCACGGAUAUGGUAUUUACUAUUGGGCUGAUGGCAGGAAAUAUGAAGGAUACUGGGCCCAAGGUAAACAACAUGGACUUGGUCGAUAUGUCAUCCCUCAAGAGAAGAAAGAGAGAUAUGGACUCUGGGAAGACGGAAAGAGAGUCGAGUGGUUUGAUGAUGAAAAGAUACAUAAUAUUAAUAAUCAUGAUGAAGACUAUAAAAUCUACUUUCGGAAAGAAGACUCCAGUAAUCAUUGAGACGAAUACGCAUCAUUCCAAAAACCAAAUCGAUUCCACAAAAAGAUUGACUCUGUCCUGACAAAAAUCAACAAUCUCAUGGAUAAAUUCGAGAAGGAUAUUAAAAACUAUGGUAUUUUUGCAUCAGCUGAGAACCCUGAAUAAUCUCCUUUUUUAUAACUUCAAAACUUUCAAACACAUAUUCCCUCAC